UAAUUGAGGUAUACGCGCGUCAAGACUUGUUACGAAAUUUCCUGAUUGGCCGAAGCUGAAAAAAAAAAAAACAAAGCAUCGAAGAGACGAAAGAUGAAUAAGUUUGGCGGGAAGAAGCCGACGGGAACACCGUCGCUAGCGAUGUCAACCGUCGUCGUUGUAGCCUCUCUGCUCGCUGGAGCCUCCGUCGUUCACAAUAUAUACAAACCUGAUCUUAGUUUACCUCAGAUCGAAAGCGAUGAAGGAGAUAAGAAGGAGGAGUCUGGAAACAAAGGUUAAUUCUCUUGGUGAGUUUUAAGUUCUGGCAUUGCUUCUUUUUUUUUCAGACUCCUCCGAGUUUGAAUUAUGUCUUUAGACCUCUGUGUUAUGUAUGAAUAAGUUCAUUUACUGGAUCAGUACCUUUUGGUCCAUCCAAAACUCAUUACGCGAUUGGUGUUGCAAUAGAUUGCUAAUUUUGGAUUUCCCCCA